CCCUCGUCUGCGUCGGGUGGUCACGUGGUUGUCCCGAGCGGGCGAGCGAAGUUAGAAGGUCUAUACUGCAGCGAGCGUCGGACACUCCAGCGACCGUGGGGAUCAGCGUUGGUGAGCUGCGGCCUUUUUCGAGGUGCCGCUGCCACAGCCACCUGCGUCCGUUACGAGGAUUGAGCGUCUCCACCCCGUCAGUGUGAAAGAGGUGGCAGGAGGUGGGUACGCAGGGGCGCAAAGCGUACGGCCCCUAGAAGCCUCGUUUUCGCUCCUGCCAGCAGCUGAAGCCUCCUCUGACAGCUGCGGGGCCACGGCAGGGUAUUCUGUGCUUCACCAUCUACACUAUGAAUCCCAAUAUGAAGCAGAAACAGGAAGAAAUCAAAGAGAACAUAAAGAAUUGUUCUGUCCCAAGAAGAACUCUGAAGAUGAUUCAGCCUUCAGCAUCUGGAUCUCUUGUUGGAAGAGAAAAUGAGUUGUCCACAGGCUUGUCCAAAAGGAAACAUCGGAAUGAUCAGGUAACAUCUGCAACUUCCAGCCCUGGGGUUAUUGUCCCAGAAUCUAGUGAAAAUAAAAAUCUUGGAGGAGUCACCCAGGAGGCAUAUGAUCUUAUGAUUAAAGAAAAUCCGUCUUCUCAAUAUUGGAAAGAAGCGGCAGAAAAACGGAGGAAGGCGCUGUAUGAAGCACUUAAGGAAAAUGAAAAACUUCAUAAAGAAAUUGAACAAAAGGACAAGGAAAUCGCCCGCCUGAAAAAGGAGAAUAAAGAGUUGGCAGAAGUAGCAGAACAUGUACAGUAUAUGGCAGAGCUAAUAGAGAGACUGAAUGGUGAACCUCUGGAUAACUUGGAAUCACUGGAUAGUCAGGAAUUUGAUUCUGAAGAAGAAACUGGUGAGGAUUCUGAAGUGGAAGAAUCAGAAAUUGGCACUUGUGCUGAAGGAAUUGUAUCUUCCUCUACAGAUGCAAAGCCAUGUAUAUGAAAUGCAUUAAUAUUUGACUGUUGAGAAUUUUACUGCCAAAGUUUACCUCCACUAGUUCUUUGUAGCAGAGUACAUGACUACCUAAUGCCAACUCAGGAAUCAAGCUUCCUUUUUUGAAUCCUGGGACCCUAUUGUAUUAAAGUACAAAUACUAUGUAUUUUUAAUCUACGAUGCUUUAUGUAAAUAGGAUUUUCUCAGUUGUCAGACAUGACUUAUGCAUAUGACUAAAUAAACUUCAAACUCCUACUGAA